AUGCAAGCUACUAGAACACCUGAACCGGCUAAAAAUGCCCGAUCACUUGUUAAUGUUUAUAGAAGAGCAUCAAAGCUCUUUGCUCGAAUGACUCAUUCCAGCAGAAGUAGAACCAGGCAGCAGACUUCGAAUUCGAAAUCCAAUGACGAGGAUGUUAAAAGUACAGCAAAGAAACACCGCUGCAAACACCGGCAUCAAAAAUUUUGUCCUGUACAUGGAAGAGUAAAGUCAAAUACAAGGUCUACUGAGACAGAACCAAGCAACAGAGAAAAAGUUUUCUAUCCCGUUCUCAUUAAUCCACCACGUAAAAGAAGCUCUUGCAAGUCCUCUAGCAUCUCGGUGCCAGCAGACAGUCAAUCCGAGUAUCUCACUUCAGACGAACUCCCCUCAAGUAUGAAACACUCGAGUCCAUUGCGAUCGGGUAAACUCCAUAUGCCAAUUAUCAAAUCUUCUUCAACCUCAACUGCAGAAAGUCUCUCUAGUUUUAGAAUUCGGGAUAGUUUGGUACUCGCUUUCAAUAAGAAACUCGAAAAACGAAACCAGUCAAAAAUUUUAAGUGAUACUUCUCAGUACUUUUCCAGCGAUGUUCCAUCUGAAUGCUCACGUUCAUCGGUCGCCAAUAACGCAACACAACCUUCACAAGUGUGUGAUGUUGAUAUCGUUUUAGUAGAGAAAAGCUCAGAUGGAACGUAUAUCAUUCAGUUUAAACGUCAGUCGCCUUAUCAUAGAUUUGGAGUCUUCUUUAAUUCUGAUGAUAAUGGUUACUAUAUAAGUAAACAAACUGGUGAAUUGCAAUGUCAAAACGCUCCGUUUGUUCUUCAUUCCCAUGACAGAGUCCUUUCUAUACAAGGUGUUCCAUCAAAAUUGCUAACUCCGUGUGGAAUCAAAGAGCUUCUUCAAGGUUGCCAUGUAAUGACGAUCAAGAUAGCCCCACUGAGCGUUAAUUAA